GGCGACUUUCGGUCUUCAUGCAGGCCUCAUGCUCGAAGAAAGGUCUCACAAUAUUCUGCAGUCUGAUCCAAUGCGCCUUUACCGCCUCAAGCGGGAUGCAGCAAGACGUACAGUAGCAUCAAAGUAUAAUAUUCUUGGAUUUAUCUCUUCUGGCACGUAUGGACGUGUGUACAAGGCCCAAAGCACAGAGUCCGACGGACGUAUACAUGCAAUCAAGAAAUUCAAGCCAGACAAGGAGGGAGAUGUCGUCACUUAUACUGGCAUCAGCCAGAGUGCAAUCCGAGAGAUAGCGCUCAAUAGGGAGAUAUGUCACGAUAAUGUUGUUUCGCUGAAAGAGGUUAUUCUGGAGGACAAGUCUAUCUACAUGGUUUUUGACUAUGCCGAGCACGAUUUCCUUCAAGUCAUUCAUCACUAUUCGCAAACACUGCGCAUUCAAAUUCCUUCCCAGGUCUUGAAAUCCCUGAUCUACCAGCUCUUCAAUGGCCUUAUCUACUUGCACGCUUCUCACAUCUUGCACCGAGAUCUCAAGCCCGCCAAUAUCCUUGUUACGGCUGAAGGCGUAGUAAAAAUCGGCGAUCUUGGACUAGCAAGGCUUAUAUACCAACCAUUGCAGCCACUUUUUGCUGGAGACAAAGUCGUUGUGACCAUCUGGUACCGUGCACCAGAGUUGCUGAUGGGCGCUAAACACUAUAACAAAGCUGUCGAUUGCUGGGCGGUGGGUUGUGUGAUAGCCGAGCUGGCGAGCUUGCGUCCAAUAUUCAAGGGUGAGGAGGCCAAGUUAGACUCGAAGAAGAAUGUCCCAUUUCAACGGGACCAGCUUUUGAAGAUAUUUGAAGUAUUGGGAACUCCAGAUGAAAAGGACUGGCCUGGGGUUCGAGACAUGCCGGAAUAUCAGAAUAUGAAGCGUCUGGAUCCAUACCAGAACCGCCUUGCCGAAUGGUGUCACAGUCGUAUUCGAUCACCACAAGGCUAUGAACUACUACGUCAGUUAUUCGCCUACGACCCGGACAACAGGUUAACAGCCAAAGAAGCAAUUCAGCACAAGUGGUUCCAAGAAGAACCAAAACCUACUUGGAACGCAUUUCAUUAUGUCUCGCAGCAUCAGUUACCACCUCAACGGCGUAUUACUCAAGAUGAGGCGCCGUCCAUGAUAGGCUUAACACAAACUCAGGCGCAAGCACAAGCACAGGCACAGGCACAUGUGCAGGCUCAGUUGUCGAAACCUGGUAGUACAGCAAGUUUUGCUAGUUUGAGCGCAGGUGGAUAUGCGGGCAGUCAGGGUAGUGGACCACUAGGACCAUCGAGGAAGAAAGCCCGCAUGGGAUGACUUGUUCAGGUUGAGCAAUGGCUAUAUCAUUAUCAUUACAUAGUUGCAUUGGGACUAUAUUGCAUUGAUCUUAGUACUGCAUCAUCACACC